AAGGUGCUGCGCGCUUCAUGAUCAAAGAGCUGUCGUAUCAUAACCUGGAGCUGGAGAGAAACCGACUCGAGGAGCAAGGCGUCAAGAGGCAAGAUGUAUGGCCUUUCAUCGUCAUGAUGGACGACUCCUGCGUGCUGUGGAACACACACAAGCCGGCAGACAGCAGUGAGACAACAGAGGGAACCAACGUGUCUCUAAAGAGGGUGCUGCAGCAUAUGGAAACCACACCGAAGAUCUCCCUGUAUGCGAUGUGCGGGACUCGCAGGUGGAGCAGCAGCCUAGCUCGCAGGUCCCCUAGCCAACCCUUCAGCCGCUGUCACCUCCACGACUGCAUCAUGCUAAACGUGGACCUGACGCAGAAUGUUCAAUAUGACCUUAAUCGGUAUAGCUGUGAGGAGGUGGACUUUAAUCUAAGAGUGAACAGCAGUGGGCUGCUGCUGUGUCGCUUCAACUACUUCAGCCUCAUGAAGAAACACAUUCCAGUUGGGGGGAACAAAGACUUCCUGGUCAAACCGAAACUCAUGGUAGGUGUUUUCGGCAUAUGAUAGCUAUGUGACAACGAUUA